UACAAUUUACCACCUUGUCUGAAUCGAUCCGUGACCGACUCGCCCAUCUACAUAUCCAAUUUCUAACACUAACCGUUGGUAGUAGUGUCAUCGUGGCUUUGAUUGGAUAGUAACCAGGAUUUUUGUGAGAUUUGUUUAUGACAGUUUUCGGUUGUAACAGUAUAACUUUAGACCGUCCCCUCACCCAUACCCGGGCGCGAACCAGGGACCCUCUGCACACAUCAACAACAGUCACCCAAGAAGCAUCGUUACCCAUCGCUCCACAAAAGCCGCGGCCCUUGCAGAGCAAGGGGAACUACUACUUCAAGGUCUCAGAGCACGUGACGUCACCGAUUGCGCGAUAGCCGAUAGUCACCGAUAGCGCGUACCACCGCUAAAUACGCUUUCAGUUUCGCAUCCGUUACACUGUGGAGCAUGUGAAAAAUCGGAGUCACUUCUGCCUCAACCACAAAACGUUGAGGUGGUCUCUUACAACAUGGAUGCCAUAGUUAAGUGGGACGCUCCCCUUACUUCACUGAAAGACCUUACCUACACAGCUGAAUACACAAUGCCUUCAACUGACUUCUUCUACACCGUAUGUAAUGCCACCAAAGAGCACAGGUGUGACUUCGGUAAACUUCCCAGUUGCCAUGGAAAUUAUAAAUUCAGAGUGAGGAUAGAGUUAGAGGGAAAUACCUCCAGUUGGGCGGAAACCCCAAACUUCUCCCUUAAGAAAGGAACCAUAUUUGGUCCUCCAAACGUAACCUUGGUCACCAAGGGAGGAGCUAUAGGAGCUGUGGAGGUGAACAUUCAGAAUCCGGUGCUAAAGAUCUCAUCACUAAAAGAAGCAUACAGCAAAGUGGAAUACAAUAUCAGAUACUGGAAGAAGACUGACAAGAAGGAUGUGCCUGAGAGAGCGUUGGUGACUCAGCAACAUGUUAACCUGAAGCCACUGGAGCCCAACACCAGAUACUGCGUUCAGGUCCAGGUGUACAUACCAAUGCCGCACAACAAUACGGGGCAGUACAGCAAGGCUGUGUGUGUGAUGAGCACCACAAACAACACAACCACAGAUGGGGAGCGAAGGUUGUCUGAGGGCCUGGUGGUCAGUUUGGUGACGGUAGCUGUGGCUUUUCCACUACUACUCCUAGUCCCCUGGGUCAUCUACAAAGGGAAAAGGUUUCUCCAUCCCAAGGUUAAGCUGCCUGAGCAUUUGAAACAGCACCUGAUUGAUUCUCAUCAAUACCCUUACCUGGCCUCGCAGAUCAUCUCUCCUCUACAAGAGAAGUAUGAUCAGAUCAGCGCUCUGUGUGAGGAAAAUCCAUACAAUGUGCUGACUGACAUACCAGAGGACAACCUUUACCAUGUGGAUAGUGGGGUCUCUGUGGAGAUGCCUAAAUACUACAAUGCUGUUGCUGAAAAUGCCAAUUUUGACAUGCCCUACAAGAAUAUCUAACAAUGGUAUCAAGACAUGAGCUACUGUAAUCAUUCUGUAUAUGGGCAUAUGGAAUCUGAGUAUAACAGGUAGUCAUGAUGGAUUGCAAGCCAUUAACAUUAGCGUGCCCAUUAGGGGCUGAGGCCCCUACCCUUCAACAUAAAUAUUUUAACUUUUAAGUGUUUUUCCUCUUAAAUUUUCCUGCUUACAAAACCGUAUUCAACUUCACACUUUUUAGUAGCUUUUUUUACAUACUUUAUAUAUAUACAUACUACCAGUCAAAAGUUUGGACAUACCUACUUAUUCAAGGGUUUUUCUUUAUUGUUAAUAUUUUCUACAUUU